UCGCGUCGCACACUGUCAGUGUGUCCUUGCCUUUCUUCCCGUAGCAUCCUUCAUUGUGUGCUUCGCAGGGGUGCCUUUAAUCCAAUAAAGCAACCACGAAAUACAGUGUUUGGGCAUAUCAUAUUGAAUUUUAAGCUAUGUAGAUAUUUUUCCGCAGCGAUUGCGAUAUCACCGACAGCUUGGUAUCCAAUAUAUCGUGCAGUACGGCCCUCUUCUCCAGUGAACCUCACGCUAAUGGCUGAUUCAGACACCACCUCUACAUCUCAUCCCCAGCUGCACUGCCCACAUCCACCUGUCUCACUUUCACUACCUUUCCUGAGGGAGGGUAGUAAAGUCUUGGAGAGGAAACCGCCCCAUACAGGGGAGCCUCUCAGUCCACUGCCAACCAAGCGCACACGCACCUAUUCAGCAUCGGUGAGAGCCAAAUCUGGACCUGUCUUUAAAGGCAUUUGCAAAAACUUCUCAAGGUCACAAGGUCAUGGAUUCAUUCGCCCCUCCCAUGGAGGAGAAGACAUAUUUGUUCACAUCUCAGAUAUUGAGGGUGAAUAUGUGCCAAUGGAGGGGGAUGAGGUGACCUACAAAGUGUGUCCUGUUCCUCCCAAGAACAUAAAAUUCCAAGCCGUUGAGGUGGUCAUCACCAACCUUAGUUCUGGAAGGAAGCAUGAGACCUGGUCUGGGCAAGUUAUCAGCUCCUAGCUCAGACUUUCACAAACCCAGCAGAAGAAGAAAAAAGCCAGAGAGGGAAGGAGACAUGAAGGAAUGGGUUAUACAAAGCAAAUUUGAAAGUUGCUUAUGAAGGUGGAUGUAGAAGCUUAAAAUGCUGUUUUGUGUAUAGGAUAGGGAUGGUAUAGCAAUAAGGUUUAUGCAACUGUUAGCGUUUCUAGCCUGGCAAAGUUAUGAAGUUGAAACAUGGUUUUGGAUCUGAGUCAACUGAGCUUUCAUGUAGCAUUGGCAGAAUAUGACAUUACUGUGACAGAAUGAAAACAACAGUGUUACCUUUGUUUGAAAUUUUGACAAUUUAAAUAUUUAUUUUCACCUUAUAUGUAAAGAGACAUUUAAGUUAAUCGAGAAGUGUACUUUCAAGCAAUUAAGUUUAAACUGAUUUCAGAUAGGACUGGUAUUAUUUUUCUUUAGGAAAGCUACAAAUCCCAAAAUUAUGGUAGUGAAUUUUGUUGUCAAAAACUAUAGUUAUGAUGAUUCUAAUAAAACUUUGAUUAGUAAUGCAGUGUUAUUUUCAAAAUCUCUUUUUAAGGUAUGACUGAAAUAAAUACCAUUCAUAUUAUGCAAA